UUCACUUUAUCCUUUUUGUUUUGUCUUUUUGUAUCGCUCCCCUGUUACAUGAAUUGUUAGAAUUUUGUUAGUAUCGAUAUAAAUAUUCAUUACUGCGCAGACAAAGAAAAAAUGCAAAGCAGAGGAACUGGUGGAAGAACCUAACAGAUGAAGCAGGCUCACAACGCGAAAAGAAGAGCAAAUGCUGAGCAAGAUCGUUUGGAGCUUGCUGAAGCCGCAGCUAUCGAGCCGCAGCUAUCUUUACAAUAAAUUUGUUGUGCGUGCAUGCGAAAAUUUUAUAAUUUAAGGAUGCCGAGCCAGCAAAGGAGAAUGAUUCUGAUGAGGAAGAAGUUUCCGACGAGGAGAGCGCGAUCACUGACGAGACUUCUGUAUACUGGUGGAAUCGUGACGAUCCCUACUACUCGGAUGAUGAUUCAGCACCUCUUCAAAUUAUUUAUGUGCAAUGAGGUGGCACACACAAUCAAAUUUUUUUUUGAUAGUGUAGCUUGUAGCUCGAAGAAACGACAUUCUAGUCUAUGAUACUUCUAUAUCACAUAUCACUCCUCCAUCACUUCUCGCUUAUUUUAUUCCACUGCAUCCCUUUUCAUUUUGUCCCAGUUUUUAUGAUUAAACCCUCCCUGUGAAUUUUUAACCUUGAAAACCUAAACUCGUUUAAAAUUGCAUAUGAUUAAGAUUCUGAUAUGUUUUUUAGUGCAUUUUCCUUGUAAAAUAAAUAUAUUUCCAGCAA